CGGGGCGCGCGGCACGGACACGCGACCGGGGCUGGGCGAGUGGGUACCGGGGGGCACCGGCGGUGCCGGGUUGGCCGUGUGCGGGCCCGAGGUCGCGGGAUGAGGAACCCGCCGGUGAUGCUGCUCCUGCUGCUGCUGCUGGGGCCAGCGGCCUGGGCCGCCCCCAGGGUGGGCACCAACAGGCCUGAGCCCCCCGUGGCCACAGCCGUGGAUCCCUAUCCCGACCCGCUGAGCCUGGAGCCGCCUGCACUGCUGCUGCUGUGGAGCGCCGUGCGGAGCCUGGGGCCCCCGGAGCAGGACGUGCAGGCCAUGACACGGGAGCGGGCCCUGCUCUACCUCUUUGUGCUCCAUGACCACGACCAGAGCAGGCACCUGGAUGGGCUGGAGCUGCUGCAGUUACUUGGCACGGUGCUGGCACAGGCUGGGGGGCAGCCAGACCCUGACAUGGUGGCUGCACUGGUGGACCGAGCCCUGGCAAGGCAGGACCUAAAUGGGGAUGGGCUGCUGAACCCCUCCGAGCUGCUGGACCCCCCUGAGGUGCUCUUGCCUGGUCAGGACAAGGGUCCCCCAGGACAGCCCCCACUAGGGCAGCAAGCAGGGAUUGGGGCUGUGCCUGCUGGGGGCACGGAGAUGCCAAGGCAGGACCUGGGGUUGAAAAGCCCAGGGCAGGCAACCACUGAGGCUGGGGAGCCCCAGACUGGAGCCCCUGAGCCUGGAGACCCCCAGACUGGAGCCCCUGAGGAUGGAGACCCCCAGACUGGAGCCCCUGAGGAUGGAGACCCUCAGACUGGAGCC